AUGGCAAUCAUGACGGACCUGCUGCGGCUGAUGAUCCGCCAGCCGAUGCCCAUUGAUGUGAUCUUCAACUUCAAUGGUGGGGAAGAAGUGCUUAUGCCUGCUGCACAUGGCUUUGUGACAAGCCAUCCGUGGGCAAAGUCAAUAUGUGCGCAGAUCAACUUGGAAGCCGCAGGCUCUGGUGGUCGCGAGCUUCUCUUCCAAGCAGGACCUUCCAAUCGGUGGAUUGCAGAAGCCUACAAGAGCUAUGUGAAACGUCCCUACGGAUCCUCCAUCACCCAGGCCCUGUUUCACACGGGGCUCAUUCCGGGCGAGACGGAUUUUCGCAUCUACCGGGACUUCGGCGAUAUCCCUGGCGCAGACUUCGCGGUGUUGACGAACGGCUGGGUGUAUCACACCUGGAGGGACGACAUGGACCACCUAGACUUCCGUUCGGUGCAGCGCUAUGGCGAAACAGUGCAUGAGCUUGCGCUUGGCAUUGCUUCAAAGCUGAAGGAAGGGCGGCCUUCAGGGGCGGACGUCACAGAUUCGGCGGUCUUCUUCGAUGUGGGCGGCCUCUUCUUCGUGGAAUAUGCUGCCUCACUGGCCCAGGCCCAGCAGCUUCACAUUGCAGCCUGUUUGGUGAUUUUCUCUGCCUUGGCUUGGACUGGUGGUCUUGGGGUCCUGCUGUCUGCUGCGAAGCUGUUGCUUUGCGCAGUUUUGUCCAUCAUCUCUUCCAUCCUUUCGGGUGCCUUCGUGGCUCACACCCCUGCAGCCAUGGUUGCGGCUGGACAUCCAGAGUUGGCGCCAUUUCUCUUCGGACCACCUGCGCUGAUGUCAUUCCUGGGAUGUUUCCAUCUCUUGGGAGUAGCUGAAGUGGAGAAGGGCUCCAUUACACUAGCUGCACUGAUUUGCCUAGCUCUAUCCGCCAGCCCCAUCACCGUCAUGGCCUCUUACCUGUUCCUCAUCUGGUGCGUAGCGCCGGCGUUGGCCCUGGCUGUGGCCUCGAUCCUGCCAUCUGUUGCAGCGGAGCUGCUGAUGGUGGGUUCUUACAUCCUGCCAUGGAUGUUAUAUGUCCAAAUGUUAGUUUUGGGCUUGGAUUUUCUGUCGCCUUUGACCUUUCGUAGUGGCACGACCAUCCCUGGAGAUGUGGUCAUUGGUGGCUUCUAUGGCCUCAUGACAGCUCUUCUACUGUCCUUAUCUGCGCAGUUUGUAGCACAGAUUCGUCGGAGAGAUGUCAUGGUGGUUUCUGCAGCAAUCUUCUUUUUGAGUUUGCUAUUGGCAUUUCAGCUGUUCCCCUACAGCUAUGACCGACCAAAGCGUGUCUUCCAGCAACAUGUGGCGCGGUCCCAGGCAACCUGGCAACUGCUUCCACAAGGCAAAAGUUCUGUCCAAUGGGAAGACAUGGAGCAUGGCUUGUGGACCACAGCCAUGGAUUGGAACAACGUGGCCACCCUGCGGCAUUUCUCACCCUAUGGGCUGCCUGCAAGAUCGCAGCCACACAACGACUCUGCGGGUAUCUAUGGGCAGGUGCCAAUGCCUUUCCCCAUGAAAGCCUUCUUGGUGGGUGGCUCAUGGGCACCCCGUAGCGCACCUGUACUACCUAGCAAGAUCUCUUUGGACCUCCACGUCGCGGAGUGGAGUCCGGGGACUCCACAAAUGCGGCAACUGCAUGUGACGGCCAAAGGUCCGCCACAGAUGAUGAUGGUGCUGUCACCCGCCUCCAAGGUGCUCCGAUGGUCCUAUGGACGCUAUGAGCGCAGCUCGGAUGUAGCAGAGAGCAAGCACAGCAACGACCCCAACUUGUUGCCACGUGGGCUCCCGAGACCACGAAGUGAUUGCGAUUGCUUCUUUUUGCUGUUUGCGGAGGGCGGUUCUCGGCCUAGUUAUGGACGGGCUGAAGCCUUCAAUUUCACCGCGCUGGUCCCAGCUGGUGAGAUGCAUUUGGAUAUUUGGGCCUUGCAUCUGGAGAGCACAAGCCCAGAGCUCGAAUAUGAAGAAGGUCAGAUGUUGAGCCAGAGGGCGUUCAGGUGCUUCGUGCCUUUGUUGCUGGAAGCCUUUGCCUUCGACCGUGGCUGGGGCAUCCCUGGAUGCGACGUGCUGGCAGCGUCGCAUUUUGCUGACAGCGUGGGAGUAGACACCGCAGAGUUCCCCCAGGAGGUUUCCAACUCACUUUUGCAACAUGUGGCGGCUCGCAAGCCUUCUGCGUUUUCAUCGGAGCCUACCCAGCUUCUGAAGGAAGCAGCUCCCUUGAAAUUUAUGCACACACCCAAGUGCGGCUCAUCUUUCUCCAAUGUCAUUGCGCACACCCCUGGCGUGUGCCCUGCUGUGCCAUCCACUUUAGCCUUGGACUUCGAUAACUUUGGUCAGUUUUUUGAUGUCGAGUUUUGGAUCCUUUGCCCUGAGAUUUGCAACACAAAGAUGCUUUCCUGUAAUCCGCCCAUGUAUAAACACGAACUUUUCGGAGAAGAUUUGAUCAAUCCGUACCGUGGGCAUCUGGUGACCAUGGUCCGAGACCCAGUGCAGCGAAUUGCGGCUUCAUACAAUGAUCCCGUCUUUGAUUUCGUCAAUGAUGUGAGUGAACCAGGGACCCGCUAUCGAAAGACGGAUAGCUCCGGAAAUCCCUUGCCUCACACUAUUGCAUUUGAUGAGUUUGCAACCAACUGGACGGGCAUGGUGACCACACAGCUGACCCGAACAGAUUGGACAGUCUCUUGGAGUGGACUCUAUUUGAGCGACAAGGAUGCGCAGGAAGCGAUUCGCAGGCUGCAGAAGGACUUUGUGUUUGUGGGCAUUGUUGAGCAAUGGGAGCUUUCAAUGUGCUUAUUCCGCACCAUGUUUGGUGGCAACUGCUUCCAAAACGACUUCAUGGACACACGCCCAGGAUUCAAGGGCCGAAGUGGAGAGAACAAAUAUGACACCGGCAACUUCCACGAUCCGAUUGAUGGAGUAGUGUACCAUGCAGCCCUGGAAAUCUUCGAAUCCAAUUUGUUGAAGUACAACGUCACCGAGACCAACUGCCAGCCUUGCUACAAAGCCGCAGGGCUCAGUUGA